GCAGCGGCAGUGCAGUGUACGGCGGCAGAGAGCGAGACGUGGGGAUAAAUAGCGCAACCGGGAAUAGCAGGAUGAGUGUACAGAUAUUUGAUGAGAAUUUUGGGAGCAACCUAACAGGCGAGACGUGUGACUUCCUGUUCACUCCUCCGGACACCGGCAGACCUUCUAUACUGCGUCCUUCACAGAAAGACAAUCUGCCUCCGAAGAGUGCUGUGAAAAGCGUGAAGGUGACGUUUCAGACUCCGAUGAGGGAUCCUCAGACUCAAAGGCUUGUAACUCCCAGCGGGGCGAACCGACCACAGAGCAUGUUAACACUGGAGGACUGUGCGCAGGCGUUGCAGAAGCUGAAUCUCAACUCCAGCUUACUGACUUCAGAGGACCCAAAUAUUACAAGUAAUCCCACAACCCUUCUGGAAGAUGAAAUUCCAUUGAAGAGCAUGGGAGCGUACGCGAUUGAUUUUGACAAACUGGAUGAAAUCAAUCCAUUCAGAAGCACUAAUAAAAUGAUGAAUUCGCCUGUGAGAUCUGAGCCUCCUACAUCUGACAUCAAUGAGCCUCAAUAUUUUGAUGUCUUUGCCAGCGAGCCUCCGAUGGGUGAGGUCCCUGAGCCUCCAGCUUUUGUCACUGCCUGUGAGCUUCCAGCGGGUGACGUCACUGAGCCUCCAGCUUUUGUCACUGCCUGUGAGCCUCCAGCGGGUGACGUCCCUGAGCCUCCAGCUUUUGUCACUGUCUGUGAGCCUCUAGCGGGUGACGUCCCUGAGCCUCCAGCUUUUGUCACUGCCUGUGAGCCUCUAGCGGGUGACGUCCCUGAGCCUCCAGCUUUUGUCACUGCCUGUGAGCCUCUAGCGGGUGAUGUCCCUGAGCCUCCAGCUUUUGUCACUGUCUGUGAGCCUCCAGCGGGUGAUGUCCCUGAGCCUCCAGCUGACUUGGAGUUGAAAAGCCUGUUGGAGACAUCUGUUCAUGCACCUCAUUCUGAUCGAGCUGUGGCUUUAUUAAGGUCUAGCCCAUCAAAUCCAGAGUCCCCAGUCACUGUACAGCUAGGCCCGGGAAGUGAAGACACGUCCAGUAAAGCUUCUCUAGAUGACACUGUUCCUCUGGCGGAGUCCAAACCCGUCCCAGAAGAGGCAUCAAAUAUGGCUGCAGGUGAAGAUACAGCCACAAUAAAUCCUCCAGAAGCAGAGUCAGUUAAUGUGGACACCUUGGGUGCAGACAUAGUACAGAACUCUACUAAUGUGGAUGCUGAGACGUCACCACCUGAAGUCCCAAAUUCUCCUCCACUGCCUAAAGCCUCUUACAAAUUUGACCCUGACCAAAUCGAUGCCAUUGAUCCAUUUAAUACUGGAGGUUCAAAGCUGCCAAACUCUCCAAAAAAUCCAGUUUCUGAAAAUGUCGACAACUGUAAAGACGCGCCCCUGAAACUGGAAUUUGACUUUGGGGGCGGAGAUGCCGCUGUCCGAAAGCCACCACCUAAAAAUCUGGGGAAGCGUCUAGGUGUCAAACCUUUGAAGAAACCAGCUGCUCCCAAGGAAGCCGCACCAGAGAAACCUAAAAAACAAGAUCUUCCCAAGCUCUCAGAACCUGAGGAGGAAAUCGUCGUACCUAAAGCUUCAUAUAACUUCAACUGGGAUAAGUUUUGCGAUCCCAACUUUAAUCCUUUUGGAAGUGGAGGGUCAAAGAUAGCUGGGUCGCCCACAGUGGUGAAACCUGCUGGUGAUGUACCAGAUGUGAAGAAAGAGGACAGUCCACCAAAAGCUGAUGCUGGUAAACCUGUGGAGGAAUCCAGUGACAAGGCCAAAGAUGAUAAACUGGUUCCAUCUGAAAACGUUGAGAGAACAGUAAAGCCGCCCAGCACAGCUGAAUCGGAUCCCAAGGCUUCCAGUCCAGAAGACUUCUCCCAGGAAAUCAAGGAUGACAAUAUUGUGAAGACUGAGGAAAUGACUACUUCACUGACUGCAUAUAAAUCCCUAGAAAAGUUUGAAAUCCCAGUAUGCAACAGGCUGCCCAGUGAUUUUGAAUUACUGGAUUUUGAUUUCAACACCACUCUACAGACGGACUUCAGACCGGCAGAGGAGUUUGACUUCAAGCCUGCUACGGAGUUGUUUGGCCAACCGACAGAAGUCGACUACUUGGAGAACUUCGGCUCCUCUUCAUUCAAAGAAUCUGCUCUCCGAAAGCAGUCCCUUUACCUGAAAUUUGAUCCUCUGCUGAGAGAGUCACCCAAGAAGUCUGCUCCAGCGAGCACGGGCCCAGUGUGUGACGUACCACUGCGGAGCAGGUCGGAUCUCUUUGGAUCUUUACCUCAACCAUCGUUUACUGCGAUUCGAUGCCUUGAAAAUGAGGAAAAACCUAAAGGACUGGAUCUCCUGGGGACUUUUACCGUGUCUGACAGCGCUCCCUUAAUUCCAGACCCCGCAAGCAUUGUGCCGACUCCUGACCCCUUCCUGCUGCCGUCUGAUGUGGGGGCAAUCGUCGAAGUGCUUAAAUACAGCCAAAAGGACAUGGACGCAGCUAUAGAGCGAGUCCGGCUGGAGGUACGAGAAAAAGAGCUGGAGGUUUUGGAGUGGAAAAAUAAACAUGAGAAGCUUUACUUGGAAUAUAUCGAAAUGGGGAAAAUUAUUGCAGAGUUUGAGAGCACCAUCACACAAAUUUUGGAGGAUUCACAAAGACAGAAGGAACAGGGCAAAUUAGAGCUGCAGAAAGUGAUCCAUGAGAAGCAGCAGGUGCAGAUGGACUUUAACUCUAUGGAGCAAUCCUUCUCCGAUCUCUUCAAAAGGUUUGAAAAGCAGAAGGAUAUCCUGGAUGGAUAUCGCAAGAAUGAAGAGGCUUUGAAGAAAUGCGUUGAAGAUUAUCUUGUAAGGAUAAAGAGAGAGGAGCAGCGUUAUCAGGCCCUUAAGGCCCAUGCGGAGGAGAAGCUGAACUGGGCUAACGAAGAGAUUGCUCAAGUACGAAACAAAGCCAAAUCCGAAGUGACCGCGCUACAGGCCACGUUACGUAAAGAGCAGAUGAAGACACAGUCACUAGAACGCAACCUAGAACAAAAGACAAAAGAAAACGACGAAUUGACGAAAAUCUGUGAUGACUUGAUUUUAAAGAUGGAGAAGAUCUGAUCUGCUGCCAUAGCACUUUGUAUAUUUUUAGUUGUAUCACUGUUUGUCUCUUUAUAUGUUUUGUAUGGGCUAAUAAAUAGAACAUUAAUUUAACUUA